CAGGUGGGGGAGGGGGCGCGUCUCGGCGAGUCACGAUGAUGGCGGCCACCAUCGUGUGGUGAGCUAGCGGAUUCUCUGCUGGUCUCUCCGAGUCCCUCGCGUCUCCGGCUGCAGACUCAGGGGGCUGGCGGCGGGCACGUGAGGAAGCCAAGAGGCCCGAGCUCGCGCGCGGUGGUGGGGGGGAAGGCCGCAGUCGCGGAGACAGCGGCGGUGCGGCUCGGGGCCCGGCGCCCGGAGGAGAGGCCGCUCGGCUGGGCGAAUGUGACAAGCCCCCACCCCCACCGCCUUCCUCCCGAGAGCGCGAGCAGCGCGGGCGACCCCAGGGCCCGGCCCGGCCCCAGACCCCGCCCAGCGGCCAGCGACCCGGCGGAGGCCCGGCAGCAGCCGAGCUGCGCGGCGGCGGCAACCAUGCAGGUCACCCUCAAGACCCUUCAGCAGCAGACCUUCAAGAUCGACAUCGACCCGGAGGAGACGGUAAAAGCCCUGAAAGAGAAGAUUGAAUCCGAAAAGGGGAAAGAUGCCUUUCCAGUAGCAGGUCAAAAAUUGAUUUAUGCAGGCAAAAUUCUGAAUGAUGACACUGCUCUCAAGGAAUACAAAAUUGAUGAGAAAAACUUUGUGGUGGUUAUGGUGACCAAACCCAAAGCAGUGACAACACCAGCACCAGCUACAACUCAGCAAUCCAGUCCCGCCACCACUACCACGGUUAGUUCCUCCACAGCAGCAGCUGUCACUCAGGCCACCACACCUGCCGCUGCUUCGGCCCCUACUUCCACGCCUGCAUCCGCUGCUCCUGCAUCAACGACAGCAUCUUCUGAACCUGUACCUGCUAGUGCAGCUAAGCAGGAGAAACCUGUACAACAGCCAGCAGAGACUCCAGUGGCUGCUAGUCCAACAUCAACUGACAGUACGUCAGGAGAUGCGUCUCGGUCAAACCUUUUUGAAGAUGCAACAAGUGCACUUGUGACAGGCCAGUCUUACGAGAAUAUGGUAACUGAGAUCAUGUCGAUGGGCUAUGAACGAGAACAAGUCAUUGCAGCCUUGAGAGCCAGUUUCAACAACCCUGACAGAGCUGUGGAGUAUCUUCUAAUGGGAAUCCCAGGAGAUAGAGAAAGCCAGGCUGUGGUUGAGCCCCCUCAGGCAGCUAGUACUGGAGCCCCUCCGUCUUCAGCCGUGGCUGCAGGUGCGGCGACCACAGCCGCGACGACAACAACAGCAAGUUCUGGAGGACAUCCUCUUGAAUUUUUACGGAAUCAACCUCAGUUUCAACAAAUGAGACAAAUUAUCCAACAGAAUCCUUCCCUGCUUCCAGCAUUGCUACAACAGAUAGGUAGAGAGAAUCCUCAGCUACUACAGCAAAUUAGCCAACACCAGGAGCAUUUUAUUCAGAUGUUAAAUGAACCAGUUCAGGAAGCUGGCAGUCAAGGAGGGGGAAGUGGAAGUGGUAGUGCUGGAAUUGCAGAAGCUGGAAGUGGUCACAUGAACUACAUUCAAGUAACACCUCAGGAGAAAGAAGCUAUAGAACGGUUAAAGGCGUUAGGAUUUCCUGAAGGACUUGUGAUACAAGCAUAUUUUGCUUGUGAGAAGAAUGAGAAUUUGGCUGCCAAUUUUCUUCUACAGCAGAACUUUGAUGAAGAUUGAUUGAAAGGGACUCUUUUGUAUCUCACACUUCACACCAGUGCAUUACACUAACUUUGUUCACUGGAUUGUCUGGGAUGACUUGGGCUCAUAUCCACAAUACUUGGUAUACGGUAGUAGAUUGUUGGGGGGGUGGGAAGGGAGGGGUCUAGGAUAUAGGGCAGGGAUAAAUACAGUGCAUGUCUGCUUCAAGUAGCAGAUGCCGCAAAUCCACACAGUGUGUAAAAUAUGAUACAACCAAAAAUCAGCUUUUGCAGGUCUUCUUCGAUAAAGCAGUAGGUAACUUUUCCUAGGUUUCACUCUUUUUAGUGUACUAGAUCCAGAAAUUUAGUGUAAUGCCCUGCUUUAUUUCUUUGACUUAACAUCAAUUUCAGAAAGAGUCUUUGCUACCUAGAAUUUUGGUCUCUGUCUCAUGGCAACACUGGAUAAUAGCUUUGUUAAACAAGAUCGUUUGGAGCAACUACAGACAGAAAUGCCAAGUUAUUGAUGGUUGUUGCUGCUUCACUUGACUAUAGACUUAAUAUGUAAGGACGCCCAUUUGAUGUUAAAUACUUGGGGAAGGGGAGAAAGGGAACCUUUUCUUAAAAAAUGAAAAUAAUGACUGCUAUUUUGAAAUUUGCUGAUCACUGAAUUGAAUGUGAGACCCUGCUAACAUGAUUUGAGAAGCUGUACAAGUAUAGGCAGAGUUAUUUUCCUGUUUACAAUUUUUAUGUUUGUUUUGGGGGAAAAUUGAUAGGUGUCUACUUACUGUUUACUUUAUUGUUACGUUGCAGUAAAAAAUUUAAAAAACCACCAUUGCAUGUUUGUUGUAUCCCUUUGUGAAAUUAGCACUUUUGGGGCUAAUGGAGAAGUGCAGCAUUCACACUCCGUCUCUUCCCCUUUGCGCAGCAGCACUGUGUUCAGCAGCAAACCUUAAGCCAAACUGCAGCCUGUUUUAAAAAUCACAGAAUGCUGAGUCAGUUCAAAGUUAGUGCAAAUGUUUCAAAAUUUGAGUUUUUGAUGUUUGUAAAUGUUGUGCUUUAUUAGAGAAGAGUCUGUUGCCAUUAAAGUCAUUAGUGCUAUCUUGCUUUCACAAAGAGAGGCUAGACGAAAUGAGAAGCCAGCAUUUUAAACUGCCAGACUGGUGAGAGCUUGGGGAGGGCUGGGAGACGUGGCUGGAAAGUACUGUGGAAAUGCACAAUCAGGCUAUCUCGUGGCAUAUGCAAAGAAGACUCUUACUAGCAGUGUUGCUUUUUAUUUGGAUUUUUCUUUUCCAGUUCAGUUUUUGUUCUUUGAAAUCUCCAUUGGCACUGGUAUUUCAUCAUAAAGAGGGGCUGAUGCCUACUUGUUCAGUUCAUCAAAUCUGCUUUUCUGAGUUUAAGCAAGACUAAAGAAGAAGUAGUAUGUUUUCCUACCGUCUGAUGCAGAGCUGAACUUGCACAGUCUCUCCUGCGUCUACUCACCUGCAGAGUUCUUAGCGGUUUGGUGAUGACUUCUGAGCUUUUAUGUCAUCAUGCAAUCAUAACCUGUCUUUUAAAAAAUAAACAAACCAUGAUUUUCCUUUGCAGUGUA